UUUUUUCCCCUUACCACCUCCUGCGCCGUUGUGUCCUUUCACACGGCAUCAGCUGGUGGUGAUCGAUCGAUACAUUUCCCCUUCACCGGCUUUUCCUCUUUCCGUGAUUUGUUUUUCGUAAAUGUGAUCCAAAAUCUACAAAUAUAUUCAACAAAAUCAUUUAAAAAAACCUCCAUGGUUAAAGGAAUGCAAAUUCCAUGGAGGUCCAUCUCUUGGAUCGCAUUAGUGUUGAUUGCAUACAAUUUUCAGACAUGUAGGGGGCAAGAUUACGGCGGAGAGGAUACAAAACCGGCAGCACCGCCACCGGAGCAAGAAAAUUGCGAUGGAAUCUUCGUCACAUAUAGCUUCGAGGGACGAGAAAAGGUAUAUCCAUUGGUGAAGAACGUAUCAGCACAGGCAUGGUCAUUUAAGUCCAUGUUAACGGUGUUGAAUACAGGGCUUUACGAGCUGAAAUCAUGGAAAGUUUUCAUAGGAUUUCAGAAUAAAGAGCUGUUGGUGUCCGCGGAUGGAGCUGUUGCGAUUGAUGGAGAUGGAUUUCCUGUAAAAGUGGGUAAAAAUGGUACAACAUUGGCAGGAUAUCCACAGUCCGAUUUAAAAACCGCAAUAGAUACUGCUGGAGAUUUUACACAGAUGUCUGCACAAAUCAGUAUUAAGGGGACGCAAUUUGGUCUCAAAGAGAAAUCAAAUCCUAUGCCAACAAUCAAGCUUGUUAAUGAGGGAUACAAAUGUCCUGCUCCAAAGCGCUAUAAAAGUUACCAGCAAGUUUGCUGCAAGAGGGAUCCUAAAUUCAAGCCCAAGAAUGUGACCACAAAGUUCAUGCCUCGCCGCUAUGGAGACCUCUCCAUAACGUACGACGUUCUAUCAGCGUAUACAAACAGGUACCAAGCCCAAGUCACAAUUGUCAAUCUCAAUCCUUUGGGUCGUCUUGAUCACUGGAACUUAACGUGGGAGUGGAUGAGGAACGAGUUCAUUUACAACAUUAAAGGUGCCCAUACUCACAAAAAAGACCCUUCUGAAUGCAUUUACGGACCUCAAGGGCAAUAUUACAAGGAUUUCGAUUUCACCACUGUGAUAAAUUGCCAAAAGAAACCAGUCAUUUCCGAUUUGCCUAAGGAGAAAGCGGAUGAUGAUAAAAUUGGCAAGUUACCUUAUUGUUGCAGAAACGGGACUCUUUUGUCACCUAUCAUGAAUGAGACCGAAGCAAGGUCCAUUUUCCAGAUGGAAGUUUUCAAACUUCCUCCUGAUUUAAACAGAACCGCCUUAAAUCCGCCUCAGAAUUGGAAAAUUGAGGGUACAAUUAACCCGUCUUAUACAUGUGGACCUCCAGUGAGAGUUGAUCCAUCAGGUUUCCCGGAUCCUAAUGGAAUUGGAAUUGUUACUACUGCUGUGGCUAGCUGGCAAAUUACUUGUAACAUUACUCGUCCGAAGCCCAAAGCAGCCAAAUGUUGUGUUUCUUUCUCUGCUUUUUACUCCGAGUCUGUUAUCCCCUGCAACACUUGCGCCUGCGGCUGUGAACAGACGUCUAAAUGUGACGCGAACAGAAAGCCUCUGCUCCUUCCUCCGGAAGCACUUCUCAUCCCUUUUGAAAACAGGGAAGAAAAGGCGAGAGCUUGGAGCGAACUCAAACAUUUAGGUCCUCUGCCCAAGAAACUACCUUGUCCUGAUAAUUGUGGGGUGAGCAUCAAUUGGCAUGUGGAUAGUAACUACAACAGCGGAUGGACUGCGAGACUAACACUGUUCAACUGGGGAGAUGACGCGUUUGAAGACUGGUUUUCGGCGAUAACAAUGAAGAAAGAUACAGCUAAAGGCUAUGAAAAUGUGUACUCAUUCAAUGGUACAAGGCUGCAACAUGAAAGGAAUAACACUAUAUUUAUGCAAGGUUUGAAAGGUUUGAAUUUCUUGGUGGGAGAGGUUAAUGGGAGUAAUCCUAAUACGGAUCCAAGAGUACCUGGAAAACAACAAUCUGUUAUUUCAUUUUUAAAGAAGGAUACACCACAUAUUAACAUUGAAGCUGGUGAUGGAUUCCCUUCUAAGGUGUUCUUCAAUGGGGAAGAAUGUGCUCUUCCACCUGAGUUUCCCAAAAGCAGUGCAGCAUUGAAAUCCCAAAUUGGUCUUUUGCCAGCAAUUUUGCUUGCUCUCUUUACUUUUUUUCUUUUGACUGAUGGAUUACACUGAUCGUAACUCCACCUCAAUUACGAGCUGGUAUGAUCACAAAUCACGAAACCAACCGCUUUUUUUUAAAUAUA